AUGGACUGGACGGUUAGCAGUCGGGCCCUAGUAUGGUGCAUUUUCACGUUACUGUGUAGUAUUGACCCACUUCAAAUGGUAAGUAGAUAGCUAACCUAACUUACGAUACUGAACCUUAGUGGGAGUAAUUGGCCUAUUAGCUAGCUAGUUAGCUAAUGGGUUUAGGGGUUAACUAACAAGAGAAAAGACGGGAAUGACACCACCUAGCUAAUAUUUAGAACUAGUUAGCUAGCUGAUAUGUUGGGCUAAAUGCUGGUUAGCUAGCUAACUUAGCUAGCUAACAACCAGUAAUGUAUUUUAUGCCUAGCUAACUAGUGUCAACUCCAACUAAGCUAAGGCCAAUAUUGUAUGUUGUUACUAAAUUGCUUGAAGUAGAUACUGUAGUAUUAGCUAGUCUCCUGUUUUUGUAGUAGGGAACAUUGGUUACUUUUUAUAAAAAGUUUACAGAUAAUGUCUUCUUGUACAACAUUUAUCCAACAAGCUAGCUAGCCAUUAAGUCACACUAGUUGGCUAAUCAAAUCAUGCCAUAAGAUAGAUGAAGCCAAGGCAUUAGAGCCAGGUUAGGGACCCUAGCAAAAUUGAUAAGAUUAGACUUUAGACCCCCAUGUAAAGAGUCUGUCUGUAAAGACCAAUCAGUUGAAGUUCCAUCGGCUAACUGGUUGCUGGAUCAAGCCCAUUGCUCUGUGUAAAAUGUUUCUUUCUAAAUUGUGAAAAACCAUCAAAGAAAAUAUUGUGUAUAGUGCUUUCAAAAUUAACUAGAAAAGGUGUGUCCAUUCCAUGUUGGCCUCUUGCCUUUUCCCUAGUUAUCAAUCCAGUGAAAUACUGCACUGUCUCGAUCUGCCUAGCUACAGUCAUUAACUCCCACCCCAGACAGAGGUGUGAGGAAGAGCUGCUGGAGAUUAAAGCCAUAGCUUGCUGGUUCAGCAUUUGCAAUUAUAGGUUUAUAGUUAUUAGCCACACCACAGUAUAUAGGCUAGGCAUACAUAGCCUGUGUAGUUAUCUAUGUAACUUUCACCUACGAUUUUAUACCCAAUGGAUGGCUAAUACAGACCAUGCAAAAAAUAUCCAAUUUAUGACAGGAGGACAUGGUGUCUUUUUACCAUGGAAGAUGGAUUCUAUCCAACAUACAGCUUUAUGAAUAGCAGUGCACAGAUGUUUGUUUAACACACUCUGCGAGCUAGUAAUUCAGCAUGCUUGUUCUGGUUGUGCUCACACUCUUGCUGUCAGUCUUGUAGAUAGAGCUGGGCGAUAUGAACAAAAAUUCAUAUAACGAUAAAUUGACUGAAUUAUCAUAACGAUAAAUUGAACGAUAAGUUUAUAACAUUAAUGUGCACCACAGUUAUAUUUUUAUAUUAUCCUUAAUACUUCUACUACUUUUAAUGUUGUAGCUAUCAGUUGUCCCAUCAACAAUCAGCCAUAUUAGCAAACUUAUUUACAUUUAAAACUUUGAAUUUCUCUAGUAGGGCCCUAUAGGGUAUUUAUCGUAAUGAAUGAUAUCAGAAAAAUGUCCACGAUAAGUGGUCGGUUUGAUUGGUGUUGAUCAUUUUCGGUUUAUCGGCCCAGCUAUACUUGUAGGCAGUGCUAACCAUGUGCAUAUAGACAGAGUUCAGUCUGUGUAUACUCUGUGUUUGACUGUGUGUGUGCGCCCUAUCUUAGCACAAGGCCAAUGGCUUUGCAGGCACUUUGUGCGGUUGUAUUAGGGUCUACACAUGCGGCAGAGACAGUGCCACUGUGAAUGUUGACGAAUGGAAGGAAGCUCAAAUACCUGUGCACAGAAAAAUCACAACACAAACAUGCUUGAUGUUUUAAGUCUCCCUGGGGUCUCUGCACACACUAAUAUCUGGCCAUCCGACCUGCCUACGUGUGCAUUGCAUGUGGGCAAAAUAAGUAGACGGUUAAAAGAAAUCCACCGUGAAAUUUAAUGCAAGGUGGUGAUGAGGGCAAUAUGCUCAAGAUAGGACACAGGUUGUUCAACACAAAAUAUACAUAACCUAGUCAUGCAUGGCCAUUUGUACACCAUGUCAGUUUAAUUUCUUCACCUUCCCCAAAAACAUUUCCUCUUUGAUUUUGAUCUGUGGUCACCAGAAGUGAGAUGAUAAUGAUCGUCAUCAGUUCCUGUGUUAAUUCAUGCCUGCACACAAACUGGAGCACUACAGCAAGUAGGGAGGAAACAUUCAGACCGUUUUGGAAACUUUCCAUUGAAAGUGAAUUAAUGGAGGCAGUUUAAUAAAGCACUUGACAGAGUGAAGCAGUAAAUACCUUGUACUGAGGAUUUAUUCUCGAUGACAAAAAAAACUCAAAUUGUAAAAGUUGCUGUCAAUAACACCCCUUCUAGGCAAUGGUAUAUAUAUAGUAGGUAAAUUAACAGGGAACCUGCAGAUGUGGCGAUGAAGGGUCAGAAGCUCAUUUCUACAUUCAGUUCCACUAAAUAUUUCCGAAGCAGCUUGUACUGUGUCCGGUUUCUGUUCUCCUAUGUCCCCUUCUGGAGGGUGCAUCUAGCGUCAAUGUUUUUCCACUAUUUUUUUGAUUAGGCCUAUGAAUUUCGUAGGCUAGUGUCUCACUUAGUGAUUACAGUGGUUGAGAACUAGCAUACAUCUGGUCCCUACUUUGUAUCACAUUUGAACACAUUUAGGUCUAAGCCUAGAUGCUAUGUAAAAAAUAAACUUCUCACCAGUCUCUACCAGUGAGAACUUUAGCUCUAAGCAUCAGUAGCAUCACAUUACACUGAAAAAGUACUUGUUUUCCCCUCCUUUGUGUUCCCUCUUCCCUGGAAGGCUUUGAUUCCCAUUGACUAAUGGUGGGAAACCUGCCAAUCACAUGUACCUGAGGACAACUCCAGUCAUGGGGUGUAUGACAUGGUGUUGAGCACAAUGACAAUAUCACUGCACCAGAACUCUUAGGCACAUUCAUUCCCUAUCUCUUUAACAGAAAAUGGCCUCAUUGCAGAGGGAGAGAGGCAGAGUGAAAGCUCAGAACCUGCCAAUAAUUUUGUUUCGCCAAGUUUUGGGUACAUUAUGUAACCCUAGCAGUGUUACGCAAUGUCUGACUUCUUUCCCCUGUAAAAAGCAUUAGAACAUGUAAACCAAACGGGGCCCCGCUCCAAUGACCCUCUCUCUCUACUCCCUCUGCCAGAUACAGACCAGUAUAGAACUGAACUCCCCUCCCCUAUACUAUCAAUCAUACCUAACAACCGCGUACAGAUGUCCCAAGGAUGUACUUUUAGGCCUUAAGGUGUUAAACGUUGUUUCGAACAGAGUGCUGAUUCUCACAAACUCCAACCGUCCAGCAGAUGUUCCAGAGAUGUUGAUGAUUUUGAAACAGAGCAGGCAGGAGGUUUGUGGGGAUGAAUAAUAAUAAACUGACAUUGAUGGUUAUUGUUUUACUGUUCCUGGUACAGUUCUUAUGAGGUGACAAGCCAGUGGGAACAGCCACAGGUGUCCAGUAUUGACACAAGCUCUCUCCGGUGUGUAGACUAAGAUUACAGCAGGGUUAACUGAGCAAAAAAACCCAGGAACACACACGUUUCCUUUUUUUACCAAAGACAUUUUAAGAUAUACUGCUAAAUAAAUGAGCUGUAGCUAGCAAACAGCACCUAAGUGAAGUGGUUAGGUUAUUAUUGCUUUGAGCUCAUCAGAUAGGCCUAGCUUCAUACAGUAACCUUGGUUUUCUUUCGUUACUCCAGGAGGCUGAGUGUGUUUGGUCUGGUCCAUUUGGUAGACUGUAGACAGCUGGGAGGAAGACAACAUAACAAGGCUGUUCUCCCUCAUAAGUGGCUGAGUGCUGGGUAGGGCCUCUAGUAAUUAUAGAUCAGUGAUCUGCCUCUAACAGAAACAGCAUGGGCUAGUUACACUAUCCUGAUGGCCCCUUGGAGGGGAUGUUUCAUCCCAUAGAGUUAGAAAUGAAAUCCGUGUCUCAAGUAGUUUAAGACAUUCAAUUCUAUGUUCUACUGUCCUAACUUGGGUUCGGCUGGAGGAGUGGGGAUGGGGUUAGUGGGGUAGGUUGAUACACAGAGGUCAGCCACGGUACUAUAAUUACUCUGGCCCGGGGCCUCCAGAGUGGUGCAGUGGUCUAAGGCAGUGCUAGCUGUGCCACUAGAGAUCCUGGUUCGAGUCCAGGCUCUGUCGCAGCAGGCCGCGACCGGGCACCUAUGGGGCGGCACACAAUUGGCCCAGCGCCCUCCAGGGUAGGGGAGAGUUUGGCCGGCAGGGAUGUUCUUGUCCCAUCGCGGGCCGGGCGCAGUGCACGAUGACUUGGUCGCCAGGUGUACGGCAUAUUGGUGCGACUGGCUUCCGGGUUAAGCGGGCACUGUGUCAAGAAGCAGUGCGGCUCAGUUGGGUUGUGUUUCGGAGGACACACGACUCUCGACCUUCGCCUCUCCCGUGUCCGUACGGUGAUGGGACAAGACUAUAACUACCAAUUGGAUACCACGAAAUUGGGGAGAAAAAGGGGGUAAAAUACAACAAAUAUAUAAUAAAAGAUUAACUCUGGCCCUAGCUGCCUCCUUUAGCUGAGUCAUGUCUAUAAGGGAUAUAUCUUUGGUGAAAUUAACGUCAAAAGGUUAAAAAAUGGGUGCAUUUUAGUUCACCCUUUUCCUAACCUUAACCCAAUUCUCUUAACCUGCUAGGGAAAAGCUUAAUCCCAUCUUGUCAAAACCCUUGAGCAGCAAGUGCACUCUACAGUACAGACACCCCCACCCGGCCUCUUCUUGUGCCAAAAACAAAAUGAAGACUACGGAUCGCCUAUCAGUGUGAUGUUUUUUUAAAUUCUCCUUUGCACUCCCUGACCAAAGAGACUUCCAAGGAAAGAACCACCCCCUUCGCUUGACCCGGCUUCUGCUUAAAAAAGUGUGGUCAGUGAUUCAAGCGCCGCAUAUGCCCACUUACGCAUGCAUACAUAUUUAUUUCCUCACCCUCUUUCUCUGGUUGUUUCAUUCUCUCUCUCCAAAAUUGCUGUCCAUUCCACCACAUGUUGGGCUACUGAACCCAGUCUGUCUGCCCAUGUGGGCUUGCGUCCUCUCCCAGAGAGAGUGAUAUGAGAAGGACUGGAGAGAAACACAUUCACAUGUCUACCUCAGUCCACUCGGUCCCUGAGUUUCACAUUAAAGCACGCCGACCAUGCUUGCUUUAUCAGCCUGAUAUGGUGGCUGGGCAGAUGGCAGCGUGGCUCUGUUGCAGAACUUCUAGAAUCUUGGCCUCCUCCUUUAGAACCUCCUCAUACCAUUUGUGCACUAGCUGCACUCUUAAGUCUCCCAGUCCCAACCCCUUAUCUAGCCUUCCUUCCCACUCUUAUCACAGACUCCUUUUUUAAAACAAAUGUGUUCAGUUAAAGGCUCUGCAUGGUCAAUCUGAUGUCUGAAGUGGCCAUACAGCAUUUACUGCGAUGCAGCCUCCACAGACUUCAGGGCUUUCAUACUUUUUGUGCUUAGUGGAGCAGAGAAGCGCUAUUGUGAAGGAAGUGAGUUUGUGUUUAUACAGGACAUGCCGCCCCCACCUACCAUCAACCAAUCAUGUCAAAGCGGAGCUAUACGGAGCCCUCCGCAUUUGUGAGGUGCACAGCGAUGCGGAGCUUGAUUUGGCCUGUGCAUCCCUCCGGAGGAUCCGCAAUUGUGUCACACCCUCCAUACGAAGCCUCUGAGCACAUUUUCAGAUCAAGCAUAAAUGGGCUUUUAGGCUAAAGGUGUCUGCGUGCUUCCCAUCCAAAACAGUUAAGAAAAUAAAUUCUCAGGGGCAAGCUGAAGUCUGUAGCCGAAGUCUACGCCCCUUCGUCUGUGAUUGGUCAACAGUAGGGAUUCUUCAAUGAGGUGUUUGUCAUUCAAUGAGACAAAUCAUUUAUGCAAUUUUUUCCCCUUGAAAUACUGCACCUAACAUCUUAGUUAGGUGCAAAGAAUAUCACCUUGGCAAAAAUGUCAAAAUUAAUGACAGAUUUCUGGAGUUAUCGUAGAUUAAUUCGGACUUUUGAGGUGUCUCAAGGUGGACAAACAGUACUAUUGACGCUUUUUUCUUCUUUUUCAAGCGAAUGUCUUUUAAGGGACUAUGCGAGCAGAUGAACCGAAGCCUUAAGUCCCCCUUAACUCCCCCUCAGGCAGGUAGCUAGCGAGACCAAACUCCUCAUCUGCCUCUAAGUGUUUUACACAGCCAUUUUGGAGAGGGGGUAAUGUUUGGCGAUAUGGGGGAGCAGUUAACCCUCUGGCAGUCCAUUCAGUUCAUCCUCCCUACCCCGGUGUCCCAGUCUAGUAGUAGUAUUCAGGAUAUGCAUUCAAUUAAUGAGGGAAACAGUCCUCUUUCUCAGGAUAGGCAUUCCUCUGGGGCCAUAUAAACUGCAGGAGAGAGGAUCACAUGCUCUUACCGUACUAUGGUUCUCUGUUAUGGCAGCACUUUGCCUGUAUUCCUAUGUAGAGUAGACUAUUUUGUGAUUAUGAAUACAUAAGUUAGUUAUGUAUGAUCAAACUGAUUUGAAUCUGUGUUCAAUAAUACCACAUUUUAAUUAGUAGCAACUGUUCAUCGUUCACAUUUACAAUGCAACAGCACACAUGCGGCCUUGUCUCUGAUAUGGCUAUAGUUUCCAUAAUUUUUUGUGUCUAGCAAUAGAGGCCAUAUCAGGGCUGAUAUGGCCAGAACUCUUUGGUCGACAGAAUGUUAUUGCAUUGGCUGUAGAUUAAACUAUUUUUGAAAGAGGUGAAUACUAAGAGUAGGUCCUUGGCUCAUGUUGAAUACAUUUACAUUUUAGUCAUUUAGCAGACGCUCUUAUCCAGAGCGACUUACAGUUAGUGAGUGCAUACAUUUUUCAUACUGGCCCCCCGUGGGAAUUGAACCCACAACCCUGGCGUUGCAAGCGCCAUGCUCUACCAACUGAGCUACAGGAGGCAGUGGGGAGGAAUACCACUAAAGAAGACGUUCUUCUGUUCCCCUAUAGAUAUGCUUUAAGUUUUUGUGUUCUGUCUUGCAGAGUUUCUGCCGAGCCAGCACCGUCUCCCUCCCUGAAAGCCUGCUCUUUGUAUCCACCCUGGAUGGAAACCUACACGCCGUCAGCAAGAAGUCAGGCUCUAUCAAAUGGACGCUGAAAGAAGGUAAGGAAGAAGAGGAGAGUCCUGAGUAAUUCACUAGCACCUUUGUUUGUUUGUCUCUAUCAAUCUGGAGGCGCUGUUAGGUGUUCGGGUUACACCUGCGAAACAAAGCGCCAUUGUGGUGUUCCACAAGAAUCAUACAUUUAGUUUGUGAAAGUGAAGACCAGUUCUGUGUUUUGUAUUUUGUUGAAUGGUGAAAACCAGAUUCAGAGCAGAAACAUUAUUUUGAGAUGUAACUAAUCACACAAAGUGUACGAGGCAGUGGGGAGGAGUGCACGUGUCAGCCUACUUUUUUACCUCAGUUGCGUAUCAUUGCAUGUACUAAUACUGUAAUACAGCUAUUGAGGCACUGAAUGGUUAGAGAAAUCAACACUGUUCUAGUUCCGUUCUGGUAACCGUGGGAGUAGACUGUCGGUCAUAAACUACGGUAGGUGUGUUAUCAUUCUCAGGGCUACCUUUCAUAAAGGGAUGUAUUGACAGAUCAUUUUUCACUGACUAAUGGCAUUUCUGAAGCAUUUCUGGGUUUUUAGAUAAUGGUGGGUGUUUUCACUCUAUUUUCUGCUCUCCCGGCACAUGAGUAAAUGCAGUGAACGCUUUGCUCACGCAUGCUAACCUGGUAAUCAUUAACCGGGAGAGAGUGGGACAGAUAUAGUCUUUAAUCAUGGUCAGCCAUUGUAGGCAGGGGUGAACUGCUCUGCUGUAUUUGUAUUUCUCGUGUGUUUUUGUUCGACUUUACUUAAGUAAUAAAGCCAGAGGGGGUAUGGUAUAUGGCCAAUAUACCACGGCUAAGGGCUGUUCUUAAGCACGACACACCGCGGAGUGCCUGGAUACAGCCCUUAGCUGUGGUAUAUUAGUAAUAUACGUGGUAUAUUGGUAAUAUACCACAAACACCCGAUGUGCCUUACUGCUAUUAUAAACUGGUUACCAACGUAAUUAGAGCAAUAAAAAUACAUGUUUUAUCAUACGUGGUAUACGGUCUGAUAUACAGUGGGGGAAAAAAGUAUUUAGUCAGACACCAAUUGUGCAAGUUCUCCCACUUAAAAAGAUGAGAGAGGCCUGUAAUUUAUCAUAGGUACACGUCAACUAUGACAGACAAAUUGAGAGAAAACAAAUCCAGAAAAUCACAUUGUAGGAUUUUUAAUGAAUUUAUUUGCAAAUUAUGGUGGAAAAUAAGUAUUUGGUCACCUACAAACAAGCAAGAUUUCUGGCUCUCACAGACCUGUAACUUCUUCUUUAAGAGGCUCCUCUGUCCUCCACUCGUUACCUGUAUUAAUGGCACCUGUUUGAACUUGUUAUCAGUAUAAAAGACACCUGUCCACAACCUCAAACAGUCACACUCCAAACUCCACUAUGGCCAAGACCAAAGAGCUGUCAAAGGACACCAGAAACAAAAUUGUAGACCUGCACCAGGCUGGGAAGACUGAAUCUGCAAUAGGUAAGCAGCUUGGUUUGAAGAAAUCAACUGUGGGAGCAAUUAUUAGGAAAUGGAAGACAUACAAGACCACUGAUAAUCUCCCUCGAUCUGGGGCUCCACGCAAGAUCUCACCCCGUGGGGUCAAAAUGAUCACAAGAACGGUGAGCAAAAAUCCCAGAACCACACGGGGGGACCUAGUGAAUGACCUGCAGAGAGCUGGGACCAAAGUAACAAAGCCUACCAUCAGUAACACACUACGCCGCCAGGGACUCAAAUCCUGCAGUGCCAGACAUGUCCCCCUGCUUAAGCCAGUACAUGUCCAGGCCCGUCUGAAGUUUGCUAGAGUGCAUUUGGAUGAUCCAGAAGAGGAUUGGGAGAAUGUCAUAUGGUCAGAUGAAACCAAAAUAUAACUUUUUGGUAACAACUCAACUCGUCGUGUUUGGAGGACAAAGAAUGCUGAGUUGCAUCCAAAGAACACCAUACCUACUGUGAAGCAUGGGGGUGGAAACAUCAUGCUUUGGGGCUGUUUUUCUGCAAAGGGACCAGGACGACUGAUCCAUGUAAAGGAAAGAAUGAAUGGGGCCAUGUAUCGUGAGAUUUUGAGUGAAAACCUCCUUCCAUCAGCAAGGGCAUUGAAGAUGAAACGUGGCUGGGUCUUUCAGCAUGACAAUGAUCCCAAACACACCGCCCGGGCAACGAAGGAGUGGCUUCGUAAGAAGCAUUAAGGUCCUGGAGUGGCCUAGCCAGUCUCCAGAUCUCAACCCCAUAGAAAGUCUUUGGAGGGAGUUGAAAGUCCGUGUUGCCCAGCGACAGCCCCAAAACAUCACUGCUCUAGAGGAGAUCUGCAUGGAGGAAUGGGCCAAAAUACCAGCAACAGUGUGUGAAAACCUUGUGAAGACUUACAGAAAACGUUUGACCUGUGUCAUUGCAACAAAUGGUAUAUAACAAAGUAUUGAGAAACUUUUGUUAUUGACCAAAUACUUAUUUUCCACCAUAAUUUGCAAAUAAAUUCAUUAAAAAUCCUACAAUGUGAUUUUCUGGAUUUUUUUUCUCAUUUUGUCUGUCAUAGUUGACGUGUACCUAUGAUGAAAAUUACAGGCCUCUCUCAUCUUUUUAAGUGGGAGAACUUGCACAAUUGGUGGCUGAAUAAAUACUUUUUUCCCCCACUGUACAACGGCUUUCAGCCAAUCAGCAUUCAUUUUUUACAUUUUUUUUACAUUUUAGUCAUUUAGCAGACGCUCUUAUCCAGAGCGACUUACAGUUAGUGAGUCCAUACAUUAUAAUUUUUUAUACUGGCCCCCCGUGGGAAUCAAACCCACAACCCUGGCAUUGCAAACGCCAUGCUCUACCAACUGAGCUACAUCCCUGCCGGCCAUUCCCUCCCCUACCCUGGGCCAAUUGUGCGCCGCCCCAUGGGUCUCCCGGUCACGGCCGGCUACAACAGAGCCUGGAUUCGAACCAGGAUCUCUAGUGGCACAGCUAGCACUGUGAUGCAGUGCCUUAGACCACUGUGCCACUCGGGAGACAAGACAUUCAGAGCUCGAACCACCCAGUUUAUAAUUUAUUUUAUAGUACUGCUGAUAUUGAUUACUGCAUUGUUGGAAAAGCGCUUGCAAGAAAGGUAUUUCGGUGUACUUAUUUUGCGCACGUGACAAGAAAAACACACUUAAAUAUCUAAACAUCCUGUCUGAGGUUACAUGAUUAGAAUGACCAUUGGUAUGAUUAGCAUACUAAUGCAGGGUCCCUUUACUAGAAAUCAUGAAGCUAGACUAGUAACGUUACUGAAACACCAUUUCAGAUUCAAGCUGAACAAAGAAUGCAAACCGUAUCAGAUGAGCUGAAUAACAGGGAAAUGGUGGAUCACAAAUGGAUGACCUUUCAUGUCAAAAGUGAAACCAGUGAGUCACACCUGAUACCAUACAACAUCAUUAAUAAACAUCAGAAUAUGGAAUCAGUCACGUCUGAGCCCUGUGUGCCCGAUGUUUCUCGAAAUGCCCUUUAAUAUGAACAUGGACAGGGACAGCACCAGGUCACCUUUCACACACACCUGCUGUCUUCCCUGAGGCCUAACUAACUAAAGCCCACAGCCAGGAGGUAGGCAGGUCUUCCCUGAGGCCUAACUGACUAACUCCCACAGAAGGAGCCAGGAGGGAGGUAGGAACCUGUCAGUCGGGCCCAACCCAGGGUUGGCAUGAUGGAGUGAGUCCCAUCCCUGGUCCUGUCCCGUCCUUUUUAUCCACGCCAAACUUGGUGCAAAACCACGCACACGAGUAACCUAGCAACAUUCAAAUCCGCGCUGAUUGGUCAGAGUUCGGACGUACUCUGUGACGACGUAAAUGCGCGCGAGAGAGGAAGAGUUCGGAGUUUGCGCGUGCCUGCCAUGCCACGAACCGCCGGAGAUGCGCAGUUUUGCGGCCUCGUUUUGAAAUGAGCUAAAGGAAAGGCAAGCAACAAGUGACUGAAGAUAGCUAACAUUACAUGAUUGUCAGUAAUGGUGAACUAUUGGAGCUAGCUUUGCCCAUUCAGCUAGAGCUAACUAUGCAGCAUCUAUUUUAGUUGCCAACUAGCACAAAUGUCAUGUAGCGAAGUAUCUUAAUAGGCCUUUCGUAAACACUUAGAUAGCUUAGUGUGGUUAACACACUACUAGACAGCUUCAGCCCAAUCGGCGUUGUAAACUAGCGAUAACACUUGAUAUAAUUCACAGUUUACUUACCGCCAAAAACAAUGCAACUAUCCAUGAUGUCGAUGCUAUCCAUCUGGUCAAUCAGGCUGGCUGCAAUCACUCACUAAAAAGCUACAUUGUUUAAUGCAACUUCAUAUCCAAAUUAGGGGGAAAUGCAGGGUAUGGAUGGCAAUGUUUUGGUGGGGAUUCCGUCUGUAGCGUUCGUUCUUUUAAAACGCAGGAACAACCGAACUCUGACCAAUCAGCGCGGCUUUGAAUGUUGCUAGGUUUCUUGUCGGUGUGGUUUUGCACCAAGUUUGGCGUGGAUAAAAAGGACGCGGACUAUGUCACUGUCCUGACCCUAAUGCACCUACCAGUGACAUUUAUGGACACACCGGCCCAAAUAUACUCUUUCAUACGACAACACACACACAUUAAUAUUCAGUGUGUCCUCCCAAACAGUUAUACUAUCAGGUGAGGCGCAUAUUCAGUGAAGGGAAAGAACAUUGAGGUCAGAUCACAGAACACGGCUCUCUAUCAUGACAAAUGGAGAAAACGUUCUACUAAAAAAUAUAUAAAUCUCCAGCAUGGUCGUCCGUAAAAUAUGUCAUCACCACCAGUCAGGAUUGUAAUCAUUGUAUACGCUAGUAUUUUCAUGGGUGGGCUUUGUUGUUCCACCUACUAUGUUCUGAGUGUUGUUCCCUACUGAAUGUUCCUUGGUAAUACAGCAAUCUGUGACACAGGCUGCGUUUACACAGGCAGCCCAAUUCAGAUUUAUUUUCCCCCACAAAUUUUUGUUUUGACCAUUCAGAUCUACUCACAUCAGAUAUUUUUCAAAGCUGAUCUGACUGGUCAAAAUACCAAUUAGUAGAAAAAAUAUCACAAUUGGGCUACCUGUGUAAACGCAGUUCCAGGUAAUCCACCCAGCCAGACCCCUUCCAGUCAGAGCAGAGGUUCCAUCUGGCUGACCUUGUGUACUCGCACUGCCGCUGUGUGCGUUUGUCUAGUAGUAGUAGUAGUAAUGUGUCAUCACGCACUGGCCCUGUGUGUGUGCCUGUUUGGCAGGGUGGCCUGGGUGCUGGGUCGCAUUCAACGUGUUGCAACAUUACAGGACAUUCAGAUAGAAAUAUAUGAUGUAGAUCAGACCUGCUUCUGUCUAUCAUGUAGGAUAGGGAAUCAUGUCCGCUCUAUACAAUGCAUUUCUAUCUGCGAAGUUCAGAAUACAACCUGGGUCUUUAAUAUGUCCCCUGUGGGCUACUGGCCACUGUUUAUUUAGGCUAUACUGACAUCAUUAGGCAAAUAAGGGGCGUUGGCGUCUUAUCAGUUAGGAGUUAGGGCAAGUGUGGUUUAAGGAGCUUUUUAACCUGAGACCAAUACUGCAGGGGUCUAUGCUGACCAUUUUUACAAGGAGCACGUGUGCGCGUAAGUUGAAAAAUGUAGGUGCACGCAAAGAAAUUGAGGAGCACAAUGAAUCCUUAGAUUUCUUAAUUUUUCUAGGCACAUGGGUGCUCCUAAAUUUAAAUUCCAGGUCGCACAACAAAAUAUUUAGUCGCAUAUGCAAGUAAAAUGGUCUCACUGUAGAUCCCUGCAAUGGCUUUCCCAGGAAUAGGUGUAUUGUUGGUCAAGAGACAAGGAGACUGUAAAGUGCCUCUGUGAUAGCAUUUUUGUCUCGAUGGAUCCCUUUUUUGAGAAAGAUUGUGUACUGUAGCCUUCGUUGUCAAAUAUUAUUAUAUUACUCUCCAUUCACAACAUCUGCAUGAUUACUGUCAAUGUCUCGGUUGGUGCCCUUUCUCAAGACCACCCUUUCUCAAGACCAGAGAGUGAAAGGUCCCUGACUGAAAAGUUUUCAGUAAACCUUCUGAGUUAAUUCUGUGUGUGAGUAAUCUUUUAUGAACUGAAUAACUAUGGGGUUUAUAUUCAGACCGGAGAGACAGCAGUGUAGUGGUUCAUAUUGUGUACUGUAAACAUGUUGCUCACUCUUGAUCAACCGGUACUGUGCAUCAUUUGUAUUGUAGUGUACUGUUCAUGUCACUGAUGACUGAAAGACACAUUUUCUUCCCUUUUCUUCUGUGGACAGAUCCUGUUCUUCAGGUCCCAACGCAUGUGGCAGAGUAAGUAUCAUCAAGCAUGUGUGUGCGUGUGUGUCAGUUUGUGUGUGUAUCAGUUUGUGCAUGUGUGUAUCAGUUUGUGUGUCAGUUUGUGUGUGUGCGUGUGUGUCAGUUUGUGUGUGUAUCAGUUUGUGUGUGUGCGUGUGUGUCAGUUUGUGUGUGUGCGUGUGUCAGUUUGUGUGUGCGUGUGUGUCAGUUUGUGUGUGUAUCAGUUUGUGUACGUGUGUCAGUUUCCUGUUGCUCUCAAUACACUAUCUGCUGAGCAUGCAUACAGUGGGGAAAAAAAUUAUUUAUUCAGCCACCAAUUGUGCAAGUUCUCACACUUAAAAAGAUGAGAGAGGCCUGUAAUUUUCAUCAUAGGUACACGUCAACUAUGACAGACAAAAUAGAAAAAAAAUCCAGAAAAUCACAUUGUAGGAUUUUUAAUGAAUUUAUUUACAAAUUAUGGUGGAAAAUAAGUAUUUGGUCAAUAACAAAUGUUUCUCAAUACUUUGUUAUAUACCCUUUGUUGGCAAUGACACAGGUCAAACGUUUUCUGUAAGGUUUUCACACACUGUUGCUGGUAUUUUGGCCCAUUCCUCCAUGCAGAUCUCCUCUAGAGCAGUGAUGUUUUGGGGCUGUCGCUGGGCAACACAGACUUUCAACUCCCUCCAAAGAUUUUCUAUGGGGUUGAGAUCUGGAGACUGGCUAGGCCACUCCAGGACCUUGAAAUGCUUCUUACGAAGCCACUCCUUCGUUGCCCGGGCGGUGUGUUUGGGAUCAUUGUCAUGCUGAAAGACCCAGCCACGUUUCAUCUUCAAUGCCCUUGCUGAUGGAAGGAGGUUUUCACUCAAAAUCUCACGAUACAUGGCCCCAUUCAUUCUUUCCUUUACACGGAUCAGUCGUCCUGGUCCCUUUGCAGAAAAACAGCCCCAAAGCAUGAUGUUUCCACCCCCAUGCUUCACAGUAGGUAUGGUGUUCUUUGGAUGCAACUCAGCAUUCUUUGUCCUCCAAACACGACGAGUUGAGUUUUUACCAAAAAGUUCUAUUUUGGUUUCAUCUGACCAUAUGACAUUCUCCCAAUCCUCUUCUGGAUCAUCCAAAUGCACUCUAGCAAACUUCAGAUGGGCCUGGACAUGUACUGGCUUAAGCAGGGGGACAAGUCUGGCACUGCAGGAUUUGAGUCCCUGGCGGCGUAGUGUGUUACUGAUGGUAGGCUUUGUUACUUUGGUCCCAGCUCUCUGCAGGUCAUUCACAUGUGGUUCUGGGAUUUUUGCUCACCGUUCUUGUGAUAAUUUUGACCCCACGGGGUGAGAUCUUGCGUGCAGCCCCAGAUCGAGGGAGAUUAUCAGUGGUCUUGUAUGUCUUCCAUUUCCUAAUAAUUGCUCCCACAGUUGAUUUCUUCAAACCAAGCUGCUUACCUAUUGCAGAUUCAGUCUUCCCAGCCUGGUGCAGGUCUACAAUUUUGUUUCUGGUGUCCUUUGACAGCUCUUUGGUCUUGGCCAUAGUGGAGUUUGGAGUGUGACUGUUUGAGGUUGUGGACAGGUGUCUUUUAUACUGAUAACAAGUUCAAACAGGUGCCAUUAAUACAGGUAACGAGUGGAGGACAGUGGAGCCUCUUAAAGAAGAAGUUACAGGUCUGUGAGAGCCAGAAAUCUUGCUUGUUUGUAGGUGACCAAAUACUUAUUUUCCACCAUCAUUUGCAAAUAAAUUCAUAAAAAAUCCUACAAUGUGAUUUUCUGGAAAAAAAAUGCUCAAUUUGUCUGUCAUAGUUGACGUGUACAUAUGAUGAAAAUUACAGGCCUCUCUCAUCUUUUUAAGUGGGAGAACUUGCACAAUUGGUGGCUGACUAAAUACUUUUUUCCCCCACUGUAGCUGUGUUUGUCCUGUUCUACUUGAGCAAUAAGACUGUACUCUAUUCAAAAUACAACAGGGUUCAUUGAUGACUGAUCUGACAAUGUGUAAGCCCUAUCCAACAAUAAAAUCCAACUUUAUUUAGGCCUAUAGCGUACAGGUGUCACAACACACUUCACCUUGAAUUAUGUAUGAUCUGUCGGAGUGUUAACAUUCUCUCCCUCAUCUCUCUCUCUUUAUCUCCCCCAUCCCCCUCUCUCGCCGUAGACCAGCUUUUCUGCCUGACCCUAACGAUGGCAGCCUGUACUCUCUAGGAGGGAAGAACAACGAGGGACUGACGGUAAGAGAGAGGAACCACUGAACCCCCUUAUUAGACUAGCAGGGUCACCCCUCACUAGAGAGGAACCACUGAACCCCCUUAUUAGACUAGCAGGGCACCCAUCACUUAGAGAGGAACCCCAUGAACCCCCUUAGUAGCCAGCAGGGUCACCCCUCAGAGGAGCGAACCACUGACCCCGCUAUAGACUAGCAGGGUCACCCAUCACUAGAGAGGGAGGAACCACUGAACCCCCUUAUUAGACUAGCAGGGUCACCCAUCACUAGAGAGGAACCACUGAACCCCUUUAUUAGACUAGCAGGGUCACCCAUCACUAGAGAGGAACCACUGAACCCUUUAUUAGACUAGCAGGGUCACCCAUCACUAGAGAGGAACUGACAGUUUCCUUUUUCUCUAGAAGGCCACUGCAUAUCUGCCCACCACAGGUGAUAAGCAAGUCACGCAAAACAUGUAGUGCACAUCGGUGUGUGUGUGUGUGUGUUUGUGCGCGCAUCAUGUUUCUGUUUUUGGCGUAGUAGCAGAGUCUGUGUGAGAUUGUGAGUGUGGGCAUGGUGUAUGUGGUUUAUUAUGAAAUAGCAUUGCUCAACAUUGACCCCUUGAUAUUGAUACAUUCACAGUAAACAUGCUUAUGAGUGGGCCAACUAACGUUUCCCUGUUUUCCACAGAAACUGCCUUUCACCAUACCUGAGCUGGUCCAGGCGUCGCCCUGCCGCAGCUCUGACGGGAUCCUCUACAUGGGUAAGUCUUCCAGCUCUCAGACCUAGAGUAUAUGACACACACUGACAUAACAUGUAGACAUUUAGAACAGACCAGGAACAGGUUGGACUACGUUGUCAUGGAUACCUGCUCUACCAAGCGUGGCAACCGUUCAAGUCCCGAUCAGGCUGACCUCUAAUGAAUGAAUCUAAUCUUGUUAGAACUACAAGACGUUACACUACAUUAGCAUUCAUUUCACCUCACGGUCAUCAUAACCCCUGCUCCUUUGAAUAUACUGCGGUCCGAAGGCGUUAACGUAAUCUAACCUAUCUGCCGUGCCAUUGUUCAGCGGAGAAAAUGGAUGUCACAUUUCUAGUCAGUCCUGUAGAAGUGUUCACACCCAUUCACUGAAGCCACUGCGAGCACAAAGGGAGAAUGUUCUGUGUUAAUUGUCAAACCUGUUGGCCAAUGGCAAUUUUCACCUCACACUGUGCUAGACAAACAACUGUAAUCUUCAGUCUAAAGUCGCCCUGCAGAGUCAGUUUGAGGAACAGCUCAGCCAACAACAUCCUACUCACGGGGUGGGGCCACCAGCACUGCAGAUAGGCCACUGUUUCGUAAUCCAUCAGGCGUAGUUAUUAUAGUCCUGCCAGAAUAACUAUUAGUGUCACUCCCUUCAACAACGCAAUAGGGAGACAGUGCACUACUAGGGCAUGGGGGUGUUUUUAAUAACAUACUAUAGGUAGGUAAACACCCAAUACCAUCUGGGAGAAUGUUUACAUUUACAUUUACAUUUUAGUCAUUUAGCAGACGCUCUUAUCCAGAGCGACUUACAGGAGCAAUUAGGGUUAAGUGCCUUGCUCAAGGGCACAUUUACGUCAUUUAGCAGACGCUCUUAUCCAGAGCGACUACAAAUUGGUGCAUUCACCCUAUAGCCAGUGGGAUAACCACUUUACAAUUAUACUUUUUUUUGGGGGGGGGUUUCAAAUGUCUCCGGAAGGUGGUGAGUGACUCCGCUGUCCUGGCGUCGUGAGGGAGCUUGUUCCACCAUUGGGGUGCCAGAGCAGCGAACAGUUUUGACUGGGCUGAGCGGGAACUAUGCUUCCGCAGAGGAAGGGGAGCCAGCAGGCCAGAGGUGGAUGAACGCAAUGCCCUCGCCUGGGUGUAGGGACUGAUCAGAGCCUGAAGGUACGGAGGUGCCGUUCCCCUCACUGCUCCAUAGGCAAGCACCAUGGUCUUGUAACGGAUGCGAGCUUCAACUGGAAGCCAGUGGAGUGUGCGGAGGAGGGGGGUGACGUGAGAGAACUUGGGAAGGUUGAACACCAGACGGGCUGCGGCAUUCUGGAUGAGUUGUAGGGGUUUAAUGGCACAGGCAGGGAGCCCAGCCAACAGCGAGUUGCAGUAAUCCAGACGGGAGAUGACAAGUGCCUGGAUUAGGACCUGUGCCGCUUCCUGUGUAAGGCAGGGUCGUACUCUCCGAAUGUUGUAGAGCAUGAACCUGCAGGAUCGGGUCACCGCCUUGAUGUUGGCGGAGAACGACAGGGUGUUGUCCAGGGUCACGCCAAGGCUCUUCGCACUCUGGGAGGAGGACACAACGGAGUUGUCAACCGUGAUGGCGAGAUCAUGGAACGGGCAGUCCUUCCCCGGGAGGAAGAGCAGCUCCGUCUUGCCAGGGUUCAGCUUGAGGUGGUGAUCCGUCAUCCAUACUGAUAUGUCGGCCAGACAUGCAGAGAUGCGAUUCGCCACCUGGUUAUCAGAAGGGGGAAAGGAGAAGAUUAGUUGUGUAUCGUCAGCGUAGCAAUGAUAGGAGAGGCCAUGUGAGGAUAUGACAGAGCCAAGUGACUUGGUGUAUAGGGAGAAAAGGAGAGGGCCUAGAACUGAGCCCUGGGGGACACCAGUGGUGAGAGCACGUGGUGCGGAGACAGCUUCUCGCCACGCCACUUGGUAGGAGCGACCAGUCAGGUAGGACGCAAUCCAGGAGUGAGCCGCGCCGGAGAUGCCCAGCUCGGAGAGGGUGGAGAGGAGGAUCUGAUGGUUCACAGUAUCAAAGGCAGCAGACAGGUCUAGAAGGACAAGAGCAGAGGAGAGAGAGUUAGCUUUAGCAGUGCGGAGAGCCUCCGUGACACAGAGAAGAGCAGUCUCAGUUGAAUGACCAGUCCUGAAACCUGACUGGUUUGGAUCAAGAAGGUCAUUCUGAGAGAGAUAGCAAGAGAGUUGGCUAAAGACGGCACGCUCAAUAGUUUUGGAAAGAAAAGAAAGAAGGGAUACUGGUCUGUAGUUGUUGACAUCAGUGGGAUCGAGUGUUGGUUUUUUGAGAAGGGGUGCAACUCUCGCUCUCUUGAAGACGGAAGGGACAUGGCCAGCGGUCAAGGAUGAGUUGAUCAGCGAGGUGAGGUAGGGGAGAAGGUCACCGGAGAUGGUCUGGAGAAGAGAGGAGGGGAUGGGGUCAAGCGGGCAGGUUGUUGGGCGGCCUGCAGUCACUAGUCGCAAGAUUUUAUCUGGAGAGAGAGGGGAGAAAGAAGUCAAAGCAUAGGGUAGGGCAGUGUGAGCAGGACCAGCAGUGUCAUUAGACUUAACAAACGAGGAUCGGAUGUCGUCAACCUUCUUUUCAAAGUGGUUGACAAAGUCAUCCACAGAGAGGGAGGAGGGGGGGGGGGGGGGGGAGGGGGGGAGGAUUCAGCAGUGAGGAGAAUGUGGCAAAGAGCUUCCUAGGGUUAGAGGCAGAUGCUUGGAAUUUAGAGUGGUAGAAAGUGGCCUUAGCAGCAGAAACAGAUGAAGAAAAUGUAGAGAGGAGGGAGUGAAAAGAUGCCAGGUCGGCAGGGAGUUUAGUUUUCUUCCAUUUCCGCUCAGCUGCCCGGAGCUCUGUUCUGUGAGCUCGCAAUGAGUCAUCAAGCCACAGAGCUGGAGGGGAGGACCGAGCCGGCCGGGAGGAUAGGGGACACAGGGAGUCAAAGGAUGCAGAAAGGGAGGAGAGGAGGGUUGAGGAGGCAGAAUCAGGAGAUUGGAGGGAGAAGGAUUGAGCAGAGGGAAGAGAUGAUAGGAUGGAAGAGGAGAGAGUAGUGGGAGAGAGAGAGCGAAGGUUGCGGCGGCGCGUUACCAUCUGUGUAGGGGCAGAGUGAGUAGUGUUGGAGGAGAGCGAGAGAGAAAAGGAUACAAAGUAGUGGUCGGAGACAUGGAGGGGAGUUGCAGUGAGAUUAGUAGAAGAGCAACAUCUAGUAAAGAUGAAGUCAAGCGUAUUGCCUGCCUUGUGAGUGGGGGGGGGAUGGUGAGAGGGUGAGGUCAAAAGAGGAGAGGAGUGGAAAGAAGGAGGCAGAGAGAAAUUAGUCAAAUGUAGACGUGGGGAGGUUGAAAUCCCCCAAAACUGUGAAGGGUGAGCCAUCCUCAGGAAAGGAACUUAUCAAGGCGUCAAGCUCAUUGAUGAACUCUCCAAGGGAACCUGGAGGGCGAUAGAUGACAAGGAUAUUAAGCUUAAAUGGGCUAGUGACUGUGACAGCGUGGAAUUCAAAUGAGGAGAUAGACAGAUGGGUUAGGGGAAAAAUUGAGAAUGACCACUUGGGAGAGAUGAGGAUUCCUGUGCCACCACCCCUCUGACCAGAUGCUCUCGGGGUAUGCGAGAACACAUGGUCAGACGAGGAGAGAGCAGUAGGAGUAGCAGUGUUUUCAGUGGUAAUCCAUGUUUCCGUCAGUGCCAGGAAGUCGAGGGACUGGAGGGUAGCAUAGGCUGGGAUGAAGUCAGCCUUGUUGGCGGCAGAACGGCAGUUCCAGAGGCUGCCUGAGACCUGGAACUCCAGGUGUGUGGUGCAUGCAGGGACCACCAGGUUAGAGAGGCAGCAGCCACGCGGUGUGAGGCGUUUGUGUAGCCUGUGCGGAGAGGAGAGAACAGGGAUAGGCAGAGGCAUAGUUGACAGGCUGCAGCAGAUGGCUACAAUAAUGCAGAGGAGAUCGGGAUGAAAUGAACUAAACAUCAGGGAAAGGAGAGAGCAGGCCUCCCUCACCAAAAAAAAAAAAAAUAUAUAUAUAUAUAUAUAUAUAUAUAACUCUCCCAACUCCCACCUCAGAAACUAUAAUUGUUUCACUGAACCACCCGAGUAAAACUCUCCCAACUUCCACUUUAGAAAUGAGAAUUGUUGUAAACUACAGCAGACUGUUAUCAGUAGCUGUAAUUAAGUACAGCAGCUACCAACCACCUAACGUUAAUGCCUCAGAUGAGGUUAGAAAAACAGCUGAAUGGUAGCAGCUAGCUGGCUCAAUCACAGGUACUCUUAAGCAUGAAAUAACAUUGGAAACAAUUAACCACAGUUGCAAAAAGUUACCAGUAGCUACCCGCUAGCUAGCUAGCUUUGUUGGUCCAAGUAAUGGGUAGGCUAGCCUCGUGCUUCGCCGGAGUCCGCCGAAUACAGUCCUUACCUACAAUAAUUACCUACAAUAACCUUCAAUAACUACCUGAGUAAGCUACCUAUAAUACCAAACUACAAUACCUACCUACAAUCUAAAUACAUGGUUUAAGCUUAACUCAACACCAUAUAAGAAGCCAAGCUUACCUUUCAUAACGCAGCAAUGAUUAAACGUUGGGUAGCUAGCACAAAUAUAUUGUAUUUAGCUACCACAGUACAGCCAGCUGGUAGUGUUGGCUGGCUAGCAAUGGCUACUGUGUUGACUUUGUUUGAAAAACGGCGUCGCUGCGAACGAAUGUAGCUGGCUAAAAGGAUAUUGUUUUUAGUUGCAACCGUUGCUAAUAGCAACUCGCCAGCUAAUCCAGGAGGUGAGUUAGCUAGCUAGCUUCGUGCUACAUCCGGCACCGCCGAAUACAAAAGUAACCUACAAUAACUACACAACAGCUGCCCACGAUGCCUACCUAUACUACUUAAUAAUAUACAGCCCACGAUGCCUACCUAUAGUACCUAACUACAAUCUAAAUACAUCGCUUAAGCCUUACUCGACAAAGCCCAAGCUAUGUAUAAAGCCAAACUGGCAGACUGCAAUCAGUAGCCGAAAUUAAGUACAGCAGCUACCAACCACCUAAAGUUGAUGAUAAUGAGGUUAGAAAAACAGCUGAAGGUGGCAGCUAGCUGGCUCAAUCACAGGUACUCUUAAGCGUGAAAUAACAUUGGAAACAGCUAACCACAGUUGCUAAAAGUUACCGGUAGCUACCCGCUAGCUAGCUAGCUUUGUUGGUCCAAGUAGUGGGUAGGCUAGCCUCGUGCUUCGCCGGGGUCCGCCGAAUACAGUCCUUACCUACAAUAAUUACCUACAAUAACCUACAAUAACUACCAGAGUAAACUACCUAUAAAACCUAACUACAAUGCCUACCUACAAUCUAAAUACAUGGUUUAAGCUUUACUCAGCACCAUAUAAGAAGCCAAGCUUACCUCUCCUGCUAGAGAAAACACAACCUCUCCCGAAUGCUGGGUACACAACCAGAAUGCUGGGUGCAUGUCUAGUCCACUUGUGUUUUUACUUAACUGUCCCACCCAUUCACUCAAAGUAUAAUAAGGAUAAUAAACAACUCUGAUUGAAUGCGGUUCAACUGCAUGUUUGGCUCUGCUUUCAGACCAGAGACCAGUAGGUUUUUCCAAUGUUAUUAGGCUGACUGCUCUGUGUUUCCUAGGGCUGGGCGAUGUGGCCUAAAAAGAGCCAUGCAUAAUGCACAUUUAUUAAUAAUAAGUAACUUCUUGUAGCAGGCAUUAUAGAAAAUGAACACCGGUCUCAUACAAAAUCUCUGAAGCCCAAGCCCACGUGCUAGUGAGUAGCCAACUUGGAUCUAUUUGCUAGUUAACAAGGUAGAACAGUUGAAUUGUUAUGAAUACACCCUUCUGUCCAUCCCAUAACAGUUUGAACAGCAUGUUAACCUGUCCAAUUUGUUCAGAUGUUGAAAUAAAAUGGCCUACCAAAUUUCUCAGAAUGAGAAUGAGUUGCCAAUUCCGGAUAUAUUUGUGUUUUAUGCUUAUUGCAUAUUUAUAAAAACAUAGACUAGACCUUGUAUAAUAGUCUUUGGCUAAAAUGCUCCUAGCGGUACGCAAUGCUGCGCGCGACAGAAACGGAGCAUGAAUUUUCCAGAAUCAAUGUUCGUUGAUACUCCUGUUUUAGUAGUGUCUGCUCUGUGUGCAAUUUGGGGAGGUGAGACAUAAAAAGGGUGUUGUUAGAAAGGUUAACUCAUCUAUCACAUCAUUUUACUGUAUCAAUGUCUUUCGGUGUCCAUAUGAUCGAAUUCUGUUGGACCAGACCUCAAAAUACAAAUAGCGAGUUGAAAACGCUUGUCUUAGAGGAAGAAGUGAUCUCUCAUCUUUGUAGUUGUGAGUGGAAGGGGGAGGGGCUUGGUGUGUGUGUCAGUGGGAAGGUGCACGGUCACAGCAGGAGAGAAGGAGACCAGACCAAAAAGACAACAUGAGAAGCGGACAUCAACGCCCAUCAAAACACCCAGCCCUAUUGUGUCCAUGUGUUUGUGUCCUCAUGAUGUCCUUAUGUCUGUUUUUUAUCACUUGUGUGGUGCGUGUGUAGGUAAGAAGCAGGACCUGUGGUACGUGGUGGACCUGUUGACAGGGGAGAAGCAGCAGACCCUCACGUCCUCCUUUGCUGAGAUGCUGUGUCCCUCCUCCUCCCUGCUCUACCUGGGACGCACCGGUAGGCCCCUGUAGCUCACACCACACCCACCCACCCACCUGGCUGGCUGGCUGGCUGGCUGGCUGGGGUCUAAACAUCUCCAUGCCAUAUUAUUCACUUCUCUCCCUUUAGCCACUGUGUAAUACCUAUGAGGUUCAGUUAGGCCCAGGCUCAUAGAGAUGUGUUCUGUCUAUUCGUUCCCAUGGGCCCUCUUUCCCCACUCCUCCUCCCCCGUCCCGACACCUGGGGGUGUGUGAGAUGGUAAUCUGACACGUGAGGGGGGACCCUGCCCUCAGUGUGAGAGACCUCCCUGCUAAUGGCACUUAUGUAAAAGUCAGGCGUCGAUGCAAAGCCUCUCUUCUCUCUCCCUCUGACAUGUUAACCAGGAUCCUGUUGUACUGGGUUUCAUUUUCCACAUCCUCAUUCACAUCCCCUUUACAGAUCUCGGAUCAGCUCCCCCAAUCCUAACCUUAACAAUGAAAUGUGAAUCUGACCCAAGAUCAGCGAUUGGGGGCAACUUUACUGCCUCGGAAGAGCUACGCUACUUCCAUUCCCAUGCCCGUUUGUACUCCCACUUAUUACUGUGGUGAUCUGUCAUACCCUGUGUCCUAUGGCAUCCGCUUUAUUUUUAUGUGUCACUUUAGAUGACUUGUCUGUGGCUUGUUGUAGAUAUUUAUGGCAGUUGUAAGGGUCAGGCUGCCAGGGCAGCAGUCCAAGAAGUAGCCUGUAAAUGCUUUGAGGCAUGGAGACUCUGUCGGGGGAACAUGAAUUUGGACUUCUGUCAUGUUAUCCUGUGUUUUUCUAAGUUGGCCAGUGUUGUCACCAUAGCUAGCAUGGCUGUAUAGUUGUAAUAAGCGGUCUCACCAUUUCUUCCCAAAGCCCAACAUCACCGUGGGUUGAGUCCUGUGGAGUUUAGGUUCACUACUCUGGCAUAUCCUACAUGUUAUAGGCUACAGUAUAUCACGUUGUCCCUUUGUCUUCCCCAGAGUACACCAUCACCAUGUACGACACCAAGAGUAGAGAGCUCCGCUGGAAUGCCACCUACUUCGACUACGCCUCCACGCUGCCUGACGAUGACACCAAAUACAGUAAGACAUGCUUUUAUACUACUUCUCUAUAGCGACAGUGAAUGCAGGCAGUGUGUGUGAGAGAGACUGCGUUGUUUGAGAUAUGCUGUCUGGUAGGGCUGUGAUGAUACCAGUAUCACAAUAUAUUUUCUAUGGCAAAAAUGAAAACACAAAGCAGAUCAGACUCUUUGGUCCUUUUAAAAACCUGCUGUAUGUACAAUAUUGUGUGCUAUAAUAGCUUGGAAAAUAAAUUAAUGUGACUCUGGAUGACAACAUAAUGAUGGUGGUUUCCAACAAUCGGGCUGUUUUCCUAAAUACGUUUUCUUGCCAUGAUACUAAUGACAAUUGUGGUACUGAUAUCGUCCCGGCCCUGUUCUCUGGUUGAAGGCAUUCCUCAUACUACAUAGAUCCAGGGAGAUGAAUUUAUACUGUCAUUAUCCUCAACAUAUUACUAUAGAACAUCAUCCAAUAUUAAGGAAACCAAUAUUAAAUAUGAUUCUCCUCACGUCUCUCUCUCUCUCCUCACAUCUCCAUCUCUCUUUCCCCUCUCUCCCUCUUUCUAUAUAUGUGUAUAUAUUAUCCACCUCACGUCAUCUUUCACAUAGUUGUACUGAUGCAAUACGUACACCCAGUUUACAUAACCCCCCCCCCCCCCUCCUCCUCUCCCCCUCUCCUUAUAGAGAUGGCCCACUUUGUCUCCAACGGUGACGGGCUGGUGGUGACAGUGGACAGUGAGUCGGGUGACGUCCAGUGGAUCCAGAAUUACAACUCCCCCGUGGUGGCCAUGUACAUCUGGCAGCGCGAGGGCCUGCGCAAGGUGCCGCUCACCAACGUCGCUGUGGAAACGUUGCGCUACCUCACCUUCAUGUCAGGCGAGGUGGGCCGCAUCACGCAGUGGAAGUAUCCCUUCCCCAAGGAGAAGAAGCCCAAGAACAAGCUCAUGUAAGUAGACCGUGUGAACGACAGUGGCUCCCCUUUAGUUACUCAGCUAUGGAGGCUGCAAAAUCCUGACUUAAGAUAUUACUUUGUAUGUGGCUUAUGCUUUCAUAGAAAAACACAGACAAUGGGAUGAAACUUUUUCAUUGUCACUUUUUGACAGGGAAGAGUCUCUAUUUUAGCCCCAGACCAAGGGUGAUUGACCGUCAUCUUGAACUUCUUCCAUUUUCUAAUAAUUGUGCCAACAGUUGUUGCCUUCUCACCAAGCUGCUUGCCUAUUGUCCUGUAGCCCAUCCCAGCCUUUUGCAGGUCUACAAUUAUAUCCCUGAUGUCCUUACACAGCUCUCUGGUCUUGGCCAUUAAUAUAAUAAUAAUAUGCCAUUUAGCAGACGCUUUUAUCCAAAGCGACUUACAGUCAUGCGUGCAUACAUUUUUGUGUAUGGGUGGUCCCGGGGAUCGAACCCACUACCUUGGCGUUACAAGCACCGUGCUCUACCAGCUGAGCUACAGAGGACCAUUGUGGAGAGGUUGGAGUCUGUUUGAUUGAGUGUGUGGACAGGUGUCUUUUAUACAGGUAACGAGUUCAAACAGGUGCAGUUAAUACAGGUAAUGAGUGGAGAACAGGAGGGCUUCUUAAAGGAAAACUAACAGGUCUGUGAGAGCUGGAAUUCUUACUGGUUGGUAGGUGAUCAAAUACUUAUGUCAUGCAAUAAAAUGCAAAUUAAUUACUUAAAAAUGAUACAAUGUGAUUUUCUGGAUUUUUGUUUUAGAUUCCGUCUCUCACAGUUGAAGUGUACCUAUGAUAAAAAUUACAGACCUCUACAUGCUUUGUAAGUAGGAAAACCUGCAAAAUCGCCAGUGUAUCAAAUACUUGUUCUCCCCACUGUGUGUGUGUGUGUAUGCACAUUCAAUGCCCAUGGCUAUGGGAAGAUUUGCAUGAAAGUUCAAACUAAAACAGUAGUCAGCUCUACACUUUAAAAUACCCAUCCCCUGGGGUAUUUACUCUAGAAAAACAAUGACAUGAGGAUAAAAUAGAGAAUCUUCCCUGUCAAAAAGUGACAAUGAAAAAGUUUCAUCCCAUUAUUUAUGUGUAUAUUUGUAUGACAUUUGCAUAUCUGGCUGAGGAUUCCGUCCUGAUUGGUUAGGAACAGAAACCCCGCCCUUUUCUAUACAAUGUUGAUUGGUUUCUAUCAGCUCCAGUCUAUGCUCAGCAAGACUCCAAGCAGAGCCUCUCCCCUUGAGCAUUUGCCACAGCAUUUCAGCCAAGACCAUUCUCCUUUGACUCCUAUUGAAGUAGUUUGUCACGCUUAUUUAGCCACUUCCAUUCUCUUUGAUGAUUAAUUAAAUAAUUUACUCUGAAUCUGUUUGAUUGUUUUCCUUCAAGGCAUUUCUUUUGUAAACGGCCCCUUUGAAAAUGCUUCUGCUAAACUCUUGAAGUCUGACAAGUAAUGUAAGAUGGGUUGAGUAAGUUGAUGUUGAUGUUGCAAGCAGCACAUGUUAUGGUAUUUGAUCUCCCCAUCCUGAGAACAGGGGUUGGCCCCAACUCUACCAGUCGUGUUAGAGCUUUGAUAUGCAUUCCAGGGCUCUGAAUCAUUGAUGGGGUAUUGAAGAUCCGUUUUAUAUCUAGGUUUGAUGAUUGCACGAGCCAGUGGUGGUGUAGUCAGGACUUGCAGAGAUUUAUCCCUUUAUGAACAAAUGAUGCACAUCCAACCAACACAGAUGGCCUCUUUCAGUCGUGGUUUCACAAUACAGUUCUGUACUUCUAUUUAAACCAGCUUUCAGAAGAAACGAGAAAUAACAGUUUCAGUGGGUGAUCUUGUAGUGUGUGUGUGAAAUUGUCUGUUUGUAACCAAGAGUGUAGUUUUCUGACUCAAAUCAAAGCUGUCUACAGUAUAAUAUAGAAUCUCCCUAUUAUAAAAGUCCUGGUUAAGGUAGACGAUUAGGCUUCUCUUAACCCGACUAUGUUUAAGGCUAAGAUUAAGACUAUCCUGUUCUGUUGUCUUCACAGGGCCACACUCUACGUAGGAAAGCACUCCACCAGCCUGUACGCAUCGCCCUCCCUGGUGCAUGAUGGGGUCACGGUCGUGGUGAGUGACACUAGGCACUUCUGUGUUAGAACAAAACGUGACAUUCCAUCUAGAAUCUAGAACAUCACCAAACAACUGGAAGCUUCUGGGAGGUGAUCACAGCCCAAAAUCAAAGAUGUGUGUUAAGAGUCCCAGGGACCCUGCACUAGUGUUGGUUUGGGUGUUUACCUGGCCACAACCCAGGUCACAAUGCCCCUCUCAGGCCUGGCUCACUGCAGCACAGAGGAACAUGGGAUAGUAUCAGCAAGACCCCUUAUAAAUGGACCUAGGAAUUUUGUAUCUAUUUACAAUAAAAUGUUGAGAUUAAUUUGAUCUUGACAUCCCACUUAUUUCAGUUUCCUUCUAAGUAGUAAAGGAGGUAGUCAUGUCUGUCAACAUUUAACAACAUUAAACUAUAUUAGCAUUGUCAAUCACAAGGUGACUUCCCUGGUUAAAUAAAGGAUCCAUAAUAAUCUAGUGGUUUGUGUGUCUCCUGUAGCCCCGCGGCAGCACCUUCCCCAUGCUGGAGGGCCCUAACAGCCAGGAGGUGACCGUGGAGGAGGAGUGUGUGAUCACUCACAGGACCAGCGUCAAAUUAAACGCUGCCCUGAGGGAACGCAACCGCAUCAACUUCAUGAGGAACCACCUGCUCCUCAUAGGUAGAAAACACUCCUCUCAUGCAUUGCCCAGUGUCUAGCGCCCUCCGGUGUCUAGCGCCCUCCGGUGUCUACAUUGUGUAAUUAUAGAGCCCUCUGCUAGAUGCUCAAAGUCAGUUGUCAAAUGUGGAACACAAACACUGUCCAUACACUUCAAUGCAGUUGUGGCAGGAGAAUAAGGAUGGAAGGUGGUUUUGAGAGUGAUGUCAGUAUGAUGAUGAUUAAAGGAUUCAGAAUAUGUUAUUGAUGUUAUAUAGAUACAUAGAUGUUAUAUAGAUGUUAUUACACACAAUGUGGAAUAUCAUCAUAGUGAUGAUGGUUGGAUACGUUUCUCUCCCAGGUCAUCAUGAGAUGCCUCCUGAUGCCCAUAACAAGAUCCUGGAGAAGUUCCCUGACAGUAUCCCACGCCAGCAGGGCAAUGUCAUCCCCCCCACCACAGAGAAGACCAUAGAGGAGGUGUGUGUCAGUCCUUCAGCAUGCCAACUAACCUCUCCUCUUUGAUUUGAUUUUGUUGGGGUACAAAAAAUAUAUUCUCCCUCUUCCUCCCCUAGAAGGUGAAUGAGAGUGACAUGGGAGACGGCCCCACUGUGGGCCCCAGCCCCCCGGUGGUCACCUCCAUCCAGGAGCAGCCGGGGCUGACCACACCGGUGAGAGUAGAGGCUCCUGUGGACUCCAUGCUUAAAGACAUGGCAACCAUCAUCUUCAGCACCUUCCUCCUGGCCGGCUGGGUAGCCUUCAUCAUCAUCUACCCCAAGGUGAGGGAGCGCUGACACCUAGUGGUGAUCUGGUGUAUGGUUGUGGCUGUUACUACCUGGCUGGACAGACUUGUCAGUCAACAAGCUGAAAAUGAGAGUGAGGAAAAUGUAGUCCACAGUUUAGUUCCAGUAUGAUGGUAGGCUCUGUGUUCAAUGUAGGAAGUAAGGCCACAGUUUAGUUCCAGUAUGAUGGUAGGCUCUGUGUUCAAUGUAGGAAGGAAGGCCACAGUUUAGUUCCAGUAUGAUGGUAGGCUCUGUGUUCAAUGUAGGAAGUAAGGCCACAGUUUAGUUCCAGUAUGAUGGUAGGCUCUGUGUUCAAUGUAGGAAGUAAGGCCACAGUUUAGUUCCAGUAUGAUGGUAGGCUCUGUGUUAAAUGUAGGAAGUAAGGCCACAGUUUAGUUGAAAUGUUGAGUUAUAGAUAUAACACAUACCUGAUAUGACAUGAACACUCUAUAACUCACUUAUACAUGUACCCUGUUUUCUGGUUUAUAUUAACACAAACACACACACACUCAUACCCUCUCCUCUCCAUCUCUCCUCUCCCAGAGUGUUCACAAGCAGCAGCAGCUGCAGCAUGAACAGUUCCAGAGGCAGUUGGAUGAGAGGCUGGAUCUCCUGAGGAGACAGCCGUUCCCUCCCCCAGGGACCGACCUUCCCCUGCUGGCCCCGGACGCUGACUCAGACCACAGCAGCCCCAACGGCACCCCCAACAUCACCCCCCGCGCAUCCAACCACUCCAACCUGUCUGUGUCCGAGCUGGGCAGCUCCGCCAAUGAGCAUGAGGACGGAGGUAUGGAGGACACAAGUGGAUACACACACAUUGAUAAAGGCACACGCAUUGAUUCACACAUACACUGACACUCACACUUACAUCAGGUCUAGCAACGCUCUAUUCAUCUUGAUGCCUGGGUAUUGUUUUGAAAAUUCGAGUAAGAUACUCUUCUGAUUCCAAUAUCUGAUGUGUUUUUUAUGGUUAAUCAGAUGAGGACUCUGACAUGGUCAGAGUUGGAAAGAUAACGUUCCUGGCCCAAAAAUGUUUUGGGCCACGGUGCAGAGGGAACCAUCGUGUAUAAGUAAGUCUCAACCCAAUCUAAUGUUUCUACAUUUGUAACAAAAUGAAGUGUCUUUUUUAGGUCUGCUCAGUCAGUCGUUCAAUCACCUCUACUGGUCAUAAAGACUCUCUAGAGACUCUUUGGCCGCAUCCCCAUUUAUUUCUGUGUAAGUGCACACUUCAGCAGAGGGCUAGAGAACUGGGACCCUUUAAAAAAAGUUAUGUUUUACAAACAUACAGACAAUAAGUCAACCUUUCUUUGUAAAGUGUCUGUUUAGGAGUGUUCUACUAACCUUCCCCUGCUCUGUCCCCCAGGGGUCAGUUUGACAACCGUGCCGUGGCGGUCAAGAGGAUCCUCCCAGAAUGCUUCAGCUUUGCUGACCGUGAGGUGGAUCUGCUACGCGAGUCAGACGAGCACCCCAACGUCAUCCGCUACUUCUGCACCGAGAGGGACCGGCAGUUCCAGUACAUCGCCAUAGAGCUGUGUGCCGCCUCACUGCAAGAGGUACUGCAGCCUCACUGACCACCAAACACAGGGGUCUGCAACACCCGGCCCAUGAGCCAAAUGCGGCCCACAAGCCAAAUGUAUCUUGCCCUCCAAAGUUGUCUUAUGUCCUACAACAGCCUCUCUCUUCCUGACCUAUCAGCUUACGCUCUCUAUUAAUUAAUUAAUUCAUUCAUUCAUCCUCUUAAACUUUUUUUGUUACUUUUACUCACUCACUGGUUGCGGACUCUGUGUUUCCCUUUUCAGUAUGUGGAGAGACAGGAUUUUGACCGCCAUGGACUGGAGCCUGUGAUGUUGCUGCAGCAGACCAUGUCAGGACUGGCACACCUGCACUCCCUUAAUAUAGGUAAUAAUCACAAGAUGUGCACCUCCACUAGGUUUUAAUAUAGGUUUUCAUGAAGAAAACAAAGGUUAACCUCCCAUUUUUCAAUAUCAGUUACAGUCAAACCCAUACAGUCAUAUUUUCAAUAAGAAUCACAAGACUACUGCACCUGGACUAGGUACAGUAAACAUCUAAGAUCCUUAGGUUACAGAUUCUUCUUCCAGCCUGAUCUGAUCUUCUCCACUCUUCCCGUCCCCAGUGCACAGAGACCUGAAGCCCCACAACAUCCUGGUGUCCAUGCCCAACGCCCACAGCCGGGUGCGGGCCAUGAUAUCCGACUUUGGCCUGUGUAAGAAGCUGGCGGUGGGCCGACACAGCUUCAGCAGGAGGUCCGGGGUGCCCGGGACCGAGGGGUGGAUCGCCCCAGAGGUCCUCAGUGAGGACUGCAAGGACAACCCUGUGAGUGGUCCCUCUCUCUACUGGAGACAUGACUGGUCCUGAUUUUACAGAUAGCAGCUGCCAUGAAAGACAGGCCUGUGUGACUGACACUGUCUUGAUACUAAUUUCAAUUGGUGUGAAUGCAAUUCACUGUUACAUACUUAUAUUGCCUUUAUCAAAUACAUUAAUUCCUAGCCAUCAACAGAACGCCAUCAUUGAAAUAUGAACACCUAACCUCUCUCUCUUCCUCUGUAGACGUGCACGGUGGACAUCUUCUCUGCAGGCUGUGUGUUCUACUAUGUGGUGUCCCGGGGAUGUCAUCCCUUUGGCAAGUCUCUGCAGAGGCAAGCCAACAUCCUGCUGGGAGCCUACAGCCUGGACCAGCUACAGCCUGACAAACAUGGUGAGGACAUCACUUCCUGUUCUCAGACCCACAGGAAGGCGGUGAGGGGAAGUUGGUGUAGGAUUGGUUUGGAAGUGAUUUGAUUUAAACCAGGAUGUUGACUGCCUAAGAAACAGUGGUUUCUUGCUAGUGAGCAUCAGUUCAGCCUUUGAAAGUACAAAGAAGAGAGCGAUAAGUUUACAUUUGGUAGUUUUGGUAAAGGCUGUAUUAGAGUUAUUAUAGAUAGAUAGGUAGGGUCCUGAUGCUAUUGCAAUUUGGUGUAAAUGCAAACCCAAACAUUGCCAAUCAGUUGUUUCACAUCAGAGACCGCUGUUGUGGAAAACUCGAUCCAAAGAUUAGGUAGAGACUAAUUUAUAAUUAUAAUAGUGAAUCUUUAAAAUAGACGAGUAGCUGCAAGGUAGAUCCCUCUGAUCGCAGUCAGGGAAGGAGCUCCAAGAGUAUGUCCCUUAUAUAGUGGAAGGUAAUAAUACAAUCAUAUUGUUACACAACAGUUAUUUAUACAAGCAACAGUUCCGGAACACAAUGGCCUUGUUUUAGGGUGCAGACAUAACAGGAGUCAAUGAAAUGCAGAACAUCACAGUCCAACACAGAACAAUAACAUAACCCUUGAGAAGUGACAACAGCUCACCCCAAUUCUGCCACAGCACCGCGCCAUAGUGACUGAGUGUUUGGUCUUGUCUUUCCCAGAGGACAUCGUGGCCACAGACCUGAUAGAACAGAUGCUGAGUAUGGAGCCCCAGAGGAGGCCUUCUGCUGAGAGCGUGCUCAAACACCCCUUCUUCUGGAGCCUGGAGAAACAGCUACAGUUCUUCCAGGUCACAAUCAAAUCCAAUACUUUUCUAUUAAAGCUGUUCUACAUAAAUCAAUAUAGCACUAGAGAUGCAACUGUGAACUCACAUCGAUGAAGAUGUGCAACAUGUUCCAAUAAUGGCAUUUUAUUUUAAAAAUAAAAACCCAAAUUGAAUCGUGUUUCCUUGUAGGACGUGAGUGACAGGAUAGAGAAGGAGCCGCUGGACGGACCAAUCGUAAGGCAGCUGGAGCGAGGGGGGCGGGCCGUGGUGAAGCUGGACUGGAGGGAACACAUCACAGUGCCUCUACAGACCGGUAAGAGACUGGCCUGAGAUCCGUUAUAGCUACAGACACAUACCUGCUCUUACAAGACUUUGUCCAUGUCAUGAGUGUGCACUGUGCCAUUGUAGACUGGUAAAGAGACUGGUCUGAGUUCAGUUUUAACACUGCUACUAUGCUAGUGCCUUUUAAUAAAUGAAAGGGUAUAUAUUUAAUGAGUUAGGAAAUGAUGACCUACUACAGUUUCGUACUGAAGCCUGAUUAAUAGUUGCCCAGUUAAGGUUAAUGUUCUAGAGUGCAGAAGAGAUAUGAGUCUAGUCACUGAUAUAAAAUGCAGUGACUGUGGAUGUGGUUAGCAUUUCCUGUCAAUCCAGACUGCAGCAUUUAGAUCAGCUCAUCUCAACCUGAAAUGCUGCUUUGCUUCCUGUUGACAGUGUUAAUCUUUAUAGGUCUGUUUCAUAGGGUUCAAAUGAGUGUCUCCAAAUGUAUUUGCUAACUUAAUAUGCUACUGUAUGUGAAAUAAAUGGUGAGAGAAGAUUCACUGUGACUGUUGCAUUCAUGACUUUUUUAAUUUGCAUAAUACAGUCAUUUCACUAUUUAGCUUGGUGGUAUGUUUUAGUUUUUAUGCCUUGUGGAGAACUAGUAGGCCGAAGAUUUCCUGACAGGUAGCCUAUAUUUAUAGGAUAUCUAACUUUAAACCAUGACAUUGUGAGGUAUUUCAAUCUUGUUGCAUUAUGAGACUUGAAUAGGGGAUUGGUGUGUCUUGCAGGUUUUAGGAUAAAUGAUUAGAAUGUACUGUGUGGAUUACUCAUUGCAUGUAUUGUCUCUUUUGGCAGAUCUACGCAAAUUCCGGUCGUAUAAAGGAGGGUCCGUCAGAGAUCUUCUCCGUGCCAUGAGAAACAAGGUAUGGGUGUCUUUCCAGCUAAAUGAUGCGUGUGUAACUGAUUAGAUAUCCGUUUAUAUGAAUCCGUCCUCUUUUGUCCCUCCUAUAGAAGCACCAUUACAGGGAGUUACCAGCAGAGGUCCAGGAGACUCUGGGCUCCAUCCCUGAUGACUUUGUGUCCUACUUCACCUCCCGCUUCCCCCACCUGCUGCGCCACACCUACCUGGCCAUGCACACCUGUGCCCACGACAGGUCCUUCCUUCCCUACUACCCCAGCUCAGAGCAGCUCGCCUGGAUACGGACUCCCUACACACACCCCGUGCCCAAGGCCACACCCCCGCUGCAGACACACACGUUGCAGCCGGAGGAACCCACACAGUCAAACACAAUCCCAUCCACAGAACCCAUACAGUCAGUGACCGUAUCAGACUCUACACCCAUACAGUCAGUGUCAAUCACAACAACAACAACACCCCCACAGUCAGUGUCAAUCACAACAACACCCACACAGUCAGUGUCAAUCACAUUACCAGUAGAGCCAGUAUCACCCACAUCAUUAUCAGUCCAACCAGUACUGCCUAUAUCACCCCCACCCUCAUCCACACUGCCAGACCUGCCUCCACAGACAGUAUUGCCCACCCAGACCUCAGAACCCCCCACACCGUCAGAAACCCCCCCUUACAGAUCCUGUCCCACCUGGACCACACAUACUGCCAGUGCCACAUCCAGCCACACAGGACACGGAGCCUGCCUGAGAGCCAACGAGGGGUGAUGGAUGCGUGCGGCAAAGAGGAGCGUUGCCUUAUGAGUGGACAUAUACUGGGGCUCUGUUGCUCUUUCCUGUGCUGGUGAGGACCAGGCCUGCAGUGCCUGGGAGCUGCCGACAGGGGGAGAAGCAGCCCAAACCAAGUGCCUUUCCUGCUCGACUGAGACAAAAUGGCUCCGAAUGGAACCGUCCCAAGUCCCAAGGUCCCUCCAAGCAUCAAGAAGCCAGCGUGGAAAUGAACUAUUGAGGGGCCGUACUGUGUAGUACAGAGAGAAUCAGUUUUAUUUGCAAUGGAGUCCCUCCUAAUGUCAAGUAUUGUGAGGUAUUUAAAUAUAGUUGGGCACAAAAUACUUGGCAAAGGAAGGGAGGAAUUAUUCUGUUGAUGUUGUUGGAAGACAAGUCGACAAUGGUAGUUUUACUGUGGAAUCUUAUUUCUCUUAAUGAGCCUUUUCACUGUAAAGAGGUGUAUAUUUUUGUAUAGGAGAUGACUUGAUAAUGACUUGAUCAUUGAUAAUCAUGUGAUGUGGCCAUUGUGCCUUUUUAAAUAACACUGUGCUAUGUAUGUGAGCUUUGAAGGUAGACGCCCCCGAAAUAGUUUUGCUUGCUGCUGCUAGUGACGGCUUUUCUCUCUUGAAUCAAGACCAUUUCAGUGCCUGUCUUCCUGUGCAGGCGAGGGCAGAUAGUCCAAAAGGUGUUUGAACUGAACACUGGUAAAAGCAUAAUGUGUGUAUCUUUUCUACUUUUAUCUCUGUUAGCGUUGUGCUGUACAUCGGAAACAAGGCAAUAUGUGAUCUGAUUGUGUUUUUAUUGCAGGGCGUCACCCAAAGUCUUGUUUGCUUGAUCUCUGACACACUAGGCCUUUACUAAAACUAGUUCGGCUACAAGUCAUGAUAGGAUGAUUACAGAAAGUAUUCACUUAACAUUCUGUUUUUUGCUGUCAGAGGAAUCAUGUGUUUUCAGUCAUCCCAUCUUUGAUGAAUGAUGAUCCAAUGCAACAUGUUUUAUUCAAUCAUAUUGUCUUUAUAAUGAAUGGCAGUUAAAUAAGUCUUCAUUUAUUACAUGAAUUAACUGUUAUAGUUUGUGUUCAUAUUUUAUUUUGUAAGUGGAAUACAUUUACUUCAGGUUGAUUUUGUACUGUUCAUGGUACAUCAAAAAUACCAAUAAUUUACUGUAUUUGCUCUAAUGCAAGCUGUAUAAAGUGAAGAGUGUUUUGUGCAAAAGUCAACAGUAAAUAUUUUGCAGUCCCGUCUGAAGAUGCCUUUUACUGUUAAGAUUUAAUUUCUAACAUACCAUCCUGAAUGCAAGAAUAGUUUGUUUUAUGAUAUUACAUUUUCAGUUUUGCAAUUGACUCCUUCUGCCAACGUCUGCCGUUGUUGGAGUGAAAAUGCCAAAUAAAUCAGCAUUAAUAUCUGUUAUCGUGUUAAAAGUUUGCAAAUAUUUUGAGCUCGUGGAACUAAUGCUGCGUUCAUAAGCAUGUGGUAAGGUGGUAUUUACCACAUGACUGGGAAAAAUCCACUUGAACACCCCUCGAACUUGUGAUUACUAGUGGGAAACUCGUCUAUCAUGCCUGAUCUCCGACUUCUCCCACAUGCUGACCUUUGACAUCAUCUACUAAGGAAGUGACCUCAAUAACAGCAUUUUCAGCAGUUAAAUGUGACAAAACAUUUAUAAAAAGCAAUCUUAAUGUUCUUUUAACACUAAUUUGUUAACAAGCAUGAUUAGCUGUACUUUUAGUUUGACAGAAUUAUGAUUUGGUGUAACAGUGUAUGCAGACCCUUUUCUGUGCAACACCCUCUUAUGCGUGUUUACCUGAUUAGAUAUCCGUUUAUAUGAAUCCUUCCUCUUUUGUCCCUCCUAUAGAAGCACCAUUACAGGGAGUUACCAGCAGAGGUCCAGGAGACUCUGGGCUCCAUCCCUGAUGACUUUGUGUCCUACUUCACCUCCCGCUUCCCCCACCUGCUGCGCCACACCUACCUGGCCAUGCACACCUGUGCCCACGACAGGCACUUCCUUCCCUAAUACCCCAGCUCAGAGCAGCUCGCCUGGAUACGGACUCCCUACACACACCCCGGGCCCAAGGCCAUAGAGCUGCUGCAGACACAUGUCACAGCCAGAGGAACCCACAACGUCAAACACAGUACCCUCACAGCAUGUGAUGGUGUCUCAAACAAUCCCAUCCACAGCACCCCUACAGUCAGUGACCGUAUCAGACUCUACACCCAUACAGUCAGUGUCAAUCAUAACAACACCCCCACAACCACAUUACCAGUAGAGCCAGUAUCAUCCACAUCAUUAUCAGUCCAACCAGUACUACCUACAUCACCCCCACCCUCGUCCACACUGCCAGACCUGCCCUCACCGACAGUGUUGCCCACCCAGCCCUCAGAAAUCCCCCCUACAAAUCCCGUCCCACCUGAACCACCA